AUGAAUGGCGCUGUGCAAUUGUGCAUCAGUGCAUGUUAUCCAAAUUUUCAACAAAUCGUACAGCAAGAAUAUCAUCAGAUUACACGCAACCAAGAAAUCGGCACAUCUGGGGUUUUUGAAAACAUAGACGAACACAAAAGCCGCAAUGUCUACUACGUUGAUGGAUUUCAAGAUGAGAAGAAAUUUUUAUGCACUCGACACCCAACAGGGGAUUCAGUGGAAGACUUUUUCAAGACCUUGUGGAAAGAACACAUUUAUAUCAUCGUAUCGCUAUCAAGACCAACAUCACACAAUGCCAACCAGUGUUACCAGUACUGGUCAAAAGAACAAGACGGCGUUCUUCAAGCUGGACAGUACCAAAUGAAAACCGUGAAAACAAAGAAAAUUAAUAAUUUCGUGGUAACGGAGUUACAUCUGAAGCAUGGAAACGGACCUUCACGUCAACUCUGCCAUUUUAUAUACAGUGACUGGACUGUGAGUGACGUUCCUUGUGAUGUGACUAAGUUCUUUCAAUUCAUUCUGAAAGUGAACCAUCUAAGUGAAAUGGCCAAACGAGCGCUGAAAGUUCAUCAAGUUCCUAUGGGUCCUAUUGUUGUACAUAGUACCCAUGGAAGUAGUAAAACCGCCACGUUUUGUGCGUCGGAUUUCGCUACUUAUCAAAUGAACCGUAUCGCAUGGAUAUCGCUACCGAAUAUUGUGACAGACAUUCGACGCCAGUUACGUUCCCAAGUAAUGUCGCCUGAACAUUACUAUUUCUGUUACUAUAUAGUUCUAUACUCUUUGUCUCUUGUUAGGUUCAAUAACGCUAUCACGAGGAAAAAUGUAUCAUAA